AUGUUUAGGUUACCUAUUGUUUCUAACUCUUUAAGGGUUUCUCUUAAGAAUGGUAAUGGAGCUAUUAGAUGUUUAAGUUAUACGAAUCGUUUGAGCAAUGAAAAAAUAUCACAGACUAAACAAGAUACAAGUUCAAGUUCAAGUUCAAGUUCAAGUUCAAGUUCAAGUUCAAUUCCGAAUCCAAAUUUUACUCAUUUUGGUUCCAAGACCGUUGCAAAAGAUGAUAAAGAGAAAUUGGUUGCUGGUGUUUUCUCUUCUGUGGCUACCAAAUACGAUUUGAUGAAUGAUUUGAUGUCAUUGGGUAUCCAUAGAUUGUGGAAAGAUCAUUUUAUUAAUAAACUAGAUGCUGGUAAAAGACCAAAUUCUAGUGAACCUUUGAAUUUUAUCGAUGUCGCUGGUGGUUCUGGUGAUAUCGCAUUUGGUUUACUUGACCAUGCUGAAACUAAAUUCCACGAUACCGAGUCUACAAUGCAUAUCGUAGAUAUUAAUCCAGAUAUGUUGAAAGAAGGUGAAAAGAGAGCAAUGAACCAGAACAAGUACUUCAAUGACCCAAGAGUUCAAUUCUUGGUACAGAAUGGUGAAACUUUGGAUAAAAUUGAAUCAAACUCAAAAGAUAUCUAUACCGUCUCCUUUGGUAUUAGAAAUUUUACUGAUAUUCAAGCUGGUUUAAACACUGCUUACAGAGUGUUGAAACCAGGUGGUAUCUUUUACUGUUUGGAAUUUUCAAAAAUUCAAAACGAAGUGGUAGACCUAGGUUAUCAACAAUGGGCUAAAUUUUUGCCUGUUUUAGGUUCAAUUGUAGCUAACGAUUAUAAUUCUUAUCAAUAUUUAGUAGAAUCUAUUGAAAGAUUCCCUGAUCAAGAAACCUUCAAGUCAAUGAUAGAAAAAGCAGGUUUCCAAUCCGUUGGUUAUGAAAGUCUAACUUUUGGUGUAUGCGCCAUCCAUUGGGGUAUUAAGGUUUGA